CUUUCUCGUGCUGCCAAGAAGGUUCGAGGCGGUUGUCUCACACGCGCAGGCAAAAUGAUGGGCCGACCGGUUCUCGUGUUGAGCCAGAAUAUGAAGAGGGAGUCUGGGCGGAAGGUCCAGACAGGGAACAUAACUGCGGCCAAGACUAUAGCAGACGUGAUCAGGACAUGUCUUGGACCAAGAGCCAUGAUGAAGAUGCUGCUGGACCCCAUGGGUGGGAUUGUGAUGACCAACGAUGGCAACGCUAUCCUACGAGAGAUCCAGGUUCAGCACCCUGCAGCCAAGUCCAUGAUUGAGAUCAGCCGCACGCAGGACGAGGAGGUGGGGGACGGCACCACCUCUGUCAUCAUCCUGGCGGGCGAGAUGCUGUCGGUCGCAGAACAGUUCCUAGAUCAGCAGAUGCACCCCACUGUGGUGAUCAGCGCCUACAGGCACGCGCUAGACGACAUGCUCAACAUACUCAAGGACAUCAGCACACCUGUGGACACGGGUAACAGGGAGAUGAUGCUGAAGAUCAUCAACUCGGCCAUCAACACCAAGGCGCUGAACCGCUGGUCAGAGCUGGCCUGCAACAUCGCGCUGGACGCCGUGCGCACCGUGGAGCUGGAGGAGAACGGCCGCAAGGAGAUCGACAUCAAGAAGUACGCCAAGGUGGAGAAGGUUCCCGGCGGGAUCAUUGAGGAUUCCUGCGUGCUGAAGGGCGUGAUGGUGAAUAAGGAUGUGACGCACCCCCGCAUGCGCCGCCUCAUCAAGAACCCCCGCAUCGUGCUGCUGGACUGCUCCCUGGAGUACAAGAAGGGCGAGAGCCAGACGGACAUUGAGAUCACGCGAGAGGAGGACUUUGCACGGAUCCUGCAGAUGGAGGAGGAGUACAUCCAGCAGAUCUGCGAGGACAUCAUCCGCCUCAAGCCUGACCUCGUCUUCACAGAGAAGGGCAUCUCAGACCUGGCUCAGCACUACCUGAUGAAGGCCAACAUCACUGCCAUCCGCCGCGUCAGAAAGACAGACAACAACAGGAUCGCCAGAGCGUGCGGGGCUCGUAUCGCCAGCCGUACGGACGAGCUGCGGGACGAGGAUGUGGGCACGGGGGCGGGCCUGUUCGAGGUGAAGAAGAUCGGGGACGAGUACUUCACCUUCGUCACCGAGUGCAAGGACCCCAAGGCCUGCACCAUCCUGCUCAGGGGAGCCAGCAAGGAGAUCCUGGCGGAGGUGGAGCGCAACCUUCAGGACGCCAUGCAGGUAUGCCGGAAUGUACUGCUGGACCCUAACCUGCUGCCCGGAGGCGGAGCCGUGGAGAUGGCGGUGUCCCAGCGUCUGACGGAGCGCUCUCGGGCCCUCACCGGGGUGGAGCAGUGGCCCUACCGUGCCGUGGCCCAGGCCCUGGAGGUCAUCCCUCGAACCCUCAUCCAGAACUGCGGGGCCAGCACCAUCCGCGUUCUCACCUCCCUCAGAGCGAAACACACCCAGGAGGGCAACGUGUCAUGGGGGGUGAACGGGGAGACGGGAACCCUGGCAGACAUGACGGAACUGGGCAUCUGGGAGCCGCUGGCCGUCAAAGCGCAGACCUACAAGACCGCUGUGGAGACUGCCAUUUUGCUGCUGCGCAUCGAUGACAUCGUCUCGGGACACAAGAAGAAGGGAGAGGAGCAGAUGGGAGGAGGGCAGGGUGCAGAGUAGAGGGAGGGGGAGGAAGGGGGCGUCAGGGAGGGGGGAGGACAAAGAGGGUGAUAGAGGGAAAGGUAAAAACGCAAAGUGGAGAGGAGGAGAGCGAAUGAGAAUUCCCGCCUGAAGAGUGUUCACCAUGCUAACUUCCACCGUAUGUUACCCUUUAGUUAGAAGUAAUACAGGCCAAAGUGUAUGCAAGCCAUUUGCAAAUUUGCAUCCAUGUUAUUAUGCUACCCUUCAUACUGAGGGACAGCUUUUUUUAUGUCAGGUCAUGUAGUAGAGGUUGCAGGGGUGGGUCAUGUGAAUCACAUAGUGGGUAUGCUGUGGUUAACAUGGCAGUGAUGCAGAGCUUGUGUGUAUCUGGGGCUCUGUGCCAAAACAUUUCUGGAAUGAAGCAGAAGUCUUGGGGCUCCAGGCCAGCACAGGGAAAUUCCCAGCCCCAUUGCAAUGAAGUCACAGCCUUGCAAGUUACCCAGCUACCUUUGAAACUCCCCUCAUUGGUGGGGAUGUGUUUGAGACAGGGCCCUGCCACCUGCACUGUAGUAAGUGUAGUGUAAGUCCCAUGGUCAUAAUGCUUUGUGGAAGAGGUGCGGGCCUUGCAUGCAGUUACAAAGAGUGACGUCCAUUGUGGGACCAAGGCAGCAGUCAUUUAUACUCGUAAGUCAGGUCAUGAAUAGCCUGUGAAAAUAUAUUUUUUAUACCACUACAUUCUGCUGCUUCACUGCAUGAGUUUAAACAGCAUACAGUACAAGUAUACAGAGUGAUUUCUGAUUGAAAGAGUCAUGAGGUUGAGAAGUUAGCAUGGUGUCUCGUUGUUUUGGACCCUGAAUGUGUGCUUUCUCCCUGUUCACUCUGUUGGUGUGUGUUAGCUUGUUACCUCUGUUUACGGUAGUAAUAAACAUGAAUUAUAAGUCA